AUGGGUGUGUUUUUCUCUAGUCUCUUGGACUCACUCUUUGGAAUGAAGGAGCAGAGAAUUCUUGUCCUGGGUUUGGAUAAUGCUGGUAAGACGACUAUUCUAUAUAGACUCCAGCUGAACGAGCCCAUUUCAACUGUACCUACCAUUGGGUUCAAUGUUCAAACUAUAAAGUACAAUAAUCUUACAUUCCAAAUGUGGGAUUUGGGAGGACAAACAAGUAUUCGCCCCUUCUGGAGAUGUUAUUAUCCAAACACCGACGCAGUUGUAUUUGUCGUAGAUAGUGCUGACACUGAUCGUAUUCCUAUAGCGAAGACGGAGCUGAUGGCGAUUUUGAAUGAAGAAGAACUGAAAGACGUGUGUCUCCUCGUUUUUGCGAACAAGCAAGAUGUAAAAGGCGCUCUUAAGGCAAACCAGAUCACCGAAGCUCUCGAGCUCUCGAACAUUCGUGAUCGUAAGUGGACCAUCGUGGAAAGUGACGCGAAACUCGGCAAAGGACUAAAAGAAGGCUUCGACUGGCUGGCCCAGGAGCUCAAUCCCCAGAAUCGCAAGUGUCUUGUUUGUUCGAACAAACUCUUCUUCUCUUAA